UUAAAACUAAAUUUAGGUUUUUUUUUAAAAAAAAGAAGUAUAUUUGAAAUUUUUUAAAAGAAAAUUUUGAUGCUACGCUAUCCCAAUUCGCUGCUCUGUUUAGUUUGCUUGGCCUUCGGCGUGGCGCUCUCACAGGAUUCGUCCUACGAUUUCGAUCCCAAUCCCAACGUCGAAUACCCACCGCUACCACCCGAUUUCCUGUCUUCCUUCUCCUCCUCCAACCAACGUAACCAAGAAAGCCAUCCCAAGGAACUGGUCGGCGAUGAGGACGUAUGCGGCCAUUGCUUUUUCGACAGAUGCCCCAGACCCGAAAAGUGCGAGGCGGGAAUCACUCGGGAUCAUUGCGGCUGCUGCUUCGUGUGCGCCCAAAAGGAAGGGCAGAUGUGCGAGGGGCCAUCGCACCCCUACCCCGAUCAUCAUAAUAUUCUCGGCAGGAAGAAGCAUCUCGGUACGUGCGGCGAAGAUUUGGAUUGCGUUUUGAGAGAAGACGUAGUGCCCGAUUUCGCGAACCCCUUACUGCGAGAAGGUCGGGCAGUGCUCGGAGAGCCUCAAUAUCUUUGCAAAUGCCGCCACACGGAAACGCUCUGCGGAUCGAACGAAAAGACCUACGACAAUCUGUGCAAACUCAUGGAGGACGCCUACAGAGAUCACGAAAAGAUCAAGGUUUCUUUCAGGGGACCAUGCCAGAGCGCUCCAUGGAUACACACAGGGCCGGAGAAUGUUUACAAUGAAACGGGUUCUCAGGUGGCGCUGAUUUGCGAAGUGAAGGGCUAUCCCAUACCGGUUGUCGAGUGGAAUUUCCAUGGAUCAAACGGAUUGAUCGUAUCCUUACCUAGCGAUGAUAACCAUGUAGCGGUGUUGGCUAGAGGCGGCCCAGAAAAGUACCAAGUAACUUCCUGGUUGCAGAUUCAGGGCCUAGUGGAAUCUGACGAUGGCGAGUACACCUGUUUUGGGAUCAAUAAAUAUGGGCAAGCUAAUAGCACGGCUCGACUUCAAGUCUUUCAAAGAGGUGAUCCGCGUUAUAAAAGAUUCGCUGAACUAUGAUAGCGGGGAGCGAAUUAUUUUAAAAAAUAUCUAAAGUUAUUAUAGUGUCAUAAUUUUUAAAAUAAAAUAAAUUAAGUUUUUUUGCAUUUAUCAAAUUAUAUUACCAUAAUAUAUAUUAUUAUUUUAUUUUAUAAACAUGAAUUAUACAUAUAUAUAAUAUAAUUUGAGCUUUUUUCAUUAAAAUAUCA